UCGCAAAUUCACUGACAUCGCUCAAGCAUUGGAGAAGAAGCACAGUCAGAAGAAGCAUCCUGUCAGCUGUUUCACUCGGUUGUUUAUGAAGGCAGUAUCACUGAAUAAUGUCAACAGCUGGUCGGUCACUCCACAUUUCGGUGUAGUUCGCGAUAGGACUGCUGUUUAUUCCCCUUUAGGUGAUCACAUGCAAGGCAGCUGUUGCCUGGGAGCCUGGGAAGCCCCUUUCUAUUGAAGAAGUGGAGGUGGCUCCACCUAAAGCCCAUGAAGUCCGAAUUAAGAUUGCUGCCACAGGUGUGUGCCACACAGACUGGGAAUACCUGUUUGAGACUGAAAAAGCGAUGAAAUUCAGGCCCUUCCCUUUAGUACUUGGUCAUGAGGCAGCAGGCAUAGUGGAAAGUGUUGGUCCAGAUGUCACAGGAUUCUCACCGGGGGACAAAGUUAUUCCUCUUUUUCUGCCAUAUUGUGGGGAUUGUGAAUGCUGUCAAAGUCCAAAAACAAAUCAUUGCAGGAAGAACUGGGUGAAUACACAAGCUGGUGUGUUGGCCGAUGGUACGAGCAGGAUAUCUUGCAAGGGGCAGCAAGUUUACCAGUUCCUUGGAGUCAGUUCUUUCUCCCAGUACACUGUGGUCCCUGACACCUCACUUGCUAAGAUAAGAAGCGAUGCUCCUCUGGACAAAGUCUGUCUGCUUGGCUGUGGUGUCUCCACUGGUUAUGGAGCUGCUAUUAAUGCAGCCAAGGUUGAAAAAGAUUCCACGUGUGCUGUUUUUGGGCUUGGAGCUGUCGGACUGGCUGCCGUCAUGGGUUGCAAGGUUUCUAUGGCAAAAAAGAUCAUCGGGGUCGACAUAAACCCCAACAAGUUUGAGAAAGCCAGACUGUUUGGAGCGACGGAGUGCAUCAACCCAAGACGCUAUACGAAGCCUAUCCAGGAGGUUGUGGUGGAGAUGACGGAUGGAGGUGUGGACUACGCUCUGGAGUGUGUUGGAAGUCCAGCUGUCAUGAGCGCUGCACUUGAGUCCACAAGAGAUGCCUGGGGUACUUGUGUCAUUGCUGGUUGGACAGAGACAGAAGCAAUGAGCGUUCCAGUUGAAAAGCUUCUGAUGGGACGAACAUUGAAGGGGACUUAUUUUGGAGGUUGGAAGAGCAUGAAAGAUGUGCCUGGACUGGUAGAUGACUACAUGAAGGGCAAGUUGCAGCUGGAUGAGUUUAUCACUCACAAGUUCCAGCUCGUUCAAAUCAAUCAGGCCUUUGAACUAAUAAAAAUGGGUGAAAGCAUCUGCUCUGUCAUCAGUCUCUAAGACUCUCAAACAGAGGAUAAAUCUGAAGCAGCUGCCUCAAAAAUGAAGAAUUCUGUCCAUUUAAUAAUAUUUUGCAUUAUAUUUAUAAUUUUUAUGCUAGUUUCACAAUCAAAAUUUCCCAGCUUGGCGUUGUAGGAAAUUACUACAUCUGCCACUAGAUGGCAGUCAUGUAAAAGCUUUGACGUUUGGGUCCAUGAACGGCAUCAUCUCAUCAUAAACGCUGGAUUUCAAUGUGCAGAGAAUCCUUUAUUCAGAAAAGUUUCUGAGGGUCUUGCUUUUGCUUUUCACUGUCAGACAAACAUGUUUGCUUCUUUAAAGUGUAAAAGUGAUGAAGAAUGUAAUUCAUAAAUAUGUAGCAUCUGCAGCAAUAUCAGGCCAAAUUCUCUCUGUCGUGCUUGGAAGUUACAGUGAUGGUCGUUCUGGUCCAGAUAUCAAUGUACAGCAAUAGUUGUAAUUAAAUACCCUUGUAUAGAACGUGCUCUAAAAGACGCAGGAACCAAGUGGCUGAAUCUGUCAUAAGCCAUGAAGAACUAUCUGCUUCAUGUGGUCAGGCUUACCAAAUUUCGUCCUUGGUAAUAUUAUAUAUUGAUUUAAAUGGGAGUCACAGAGAAGGGCUAGAAUAACAGUUGUGGGCUGUCAGGGCAGAAGACAAAAGGUUGUUUGGGGAAUGCCUCCCAGUGAAGAACUGAAAUAGCUGUCGAAGGAAUUUGUUUUAUUGAAGUUCCAUUCAGAUCAAAUGAAUACCCUUGGCACUUACCUCGCUUUUCCAUCUUUAUUUAAAAUGGAAAAUAAAUUGGUGCUUUUUUUUUUUUUUUUUGUGAGGGUCUCCUCUGCCUGCAUGCUUUCAAUCACAACUUAGGUCACCUUCUGUUACUAAAAUAAACCUCAAAGUAAAGAAUGCUUUUGAGCAAUAGAACGCAUAAUAAGGUACAUAAUGCAGCAGCAGUAGGAGAUAAGAGGGGAAGAUCAAAAGAAAUAAGAAGACAAGUUUUGACAGGUGGUUACGUGACUGGGAACUGUCAUCUAUAAAUGUUGGACAUGCUCACAGAUUUAUAAGGCUUUCUUGCGGACAUGUGUCCGAAUGUCUGCCUCAUCCAUGGGAAAGCUAUCCAAAGUGACGACCAUAAGUCUCCCACUUCUUUUUUUCCUCUUUGUUUUUGAUCCUUGCAACCUCUGGAAUUGUCACAGCAUUUUGCAAUGGAUAUAGCAAAGGAAGGACAUGCUAUCUGAAUUACAACCACAGCACUGCACACAUUUGAAAAGCCUUAACUGUCCGUCUCAUCAUAUUUACAUGCCGUGGGCACUUCUUCCUGCAGAUAUCUCUCAGAUAGAACAUUUUAGCAUGAAGAGGCAUGGGGUUGAAUGGAGAUAGAUACCAGCCCUGAUAUUUGCUAAAUUAUAUUUACUCAUUUUUUUUUUCAUCACUUGGUAUCAUCACUUUCCUGAGACACAACUCUUUUAGACACGAGGCGUGAGGUAAAUGCCAUGACACAAAUAAAGGUAUGCCUGGAAAAAAAAAAAAUCAAAACUUGCUCCCUUGCCUUUUCACAACAUUUAGAGUGGGAUCAAGGGAUUUCCUCUUAUUUAUUAAGCUAUAUUCUUCUUUGACAGGAUGAUGAUGCAUUAUAUAUGAUGGGAAGACAAGGACAGCAAGUAGAAAACUGCCUAUUUUAACAAAGGAAGUCUAUAUGGGGUUUUUAAAAAAA